UGCGCGGCGGAUUCCCAUCACAAACCAAGAUGGCGGCCGAGCGGACAGCCGGCUCGGCACAGUGACUGACAGACAGACCAGAAACCUCGGUCGGCUGGAGAGCUAACGGUUAAACUCUUGAGACAAACAAUACAUAAAAACGCCCGUCACCUCACAUUUUUUUUCCCCCGGUAACGAGUGAUGUGAUGAAACUGCACCGGUAGACGACACCGGGGGAAGUUGUGUGCGUGUGUGAGGACUAAAUUGACGUCCACAAGCGGGCUGCCGGCGGGGAUGGGAGAUGAUGGAGGACAAAGGCCCUCGUGUAGCCGACUACUUUGUGGUGGCCGGUCUGACGGACUGUUCCAAGCCGUUGGACCAGGAAAUCCACUUUGACGACGCCUGCCACAAGACGGCCAAGCCAAAGGCGCCCAUCACGGAUGUGGCGGUGGUGAUCCGCUCGACGGGCGAGGAGGUGCCGCCAGGGUUCACCUGCGUAGAGGAAACACCAACAGGCCAUUCAGCUGAUCUUAACAACGGCGGCCUCAUGGCACCCCAGAUCUUCGUGUGCUACAGGAGAGGUCGAGACAAGCCGCCACUCACUGAUCUGGGCGUGCUGUAUGAGUGGAAGGAGCGGCUGAAGCAGGGCUGUCACCUGAUCCAGACCACACCCUCCGGUCGUCCAGCCAACAUCAGCGGCAAUUCCUCCCAGCGCAUCUACAUCACCUACCGACGGGCACCUGAGAGCCAGCCGCACUCCGCCCUCGCCGUCACGGACAUCUGCAUCAUUAUCCCGAGCAAGGGCGAGACUCCCCCGCACACCUUCUGCAAGGUGGAGAAGAAUCUCAACAGCAGCAUGUGGGGCUCCUCGGUCUACCUGUGUUAUAAGAAGUCUGUGGCCAAAACCAACACAAUAGCCUAUAAAGCAGGUUUAUUCAGCAGAUAUCCAGAGGAGGACUAUGAGUCAUUCCCACUACCAGAGUCUGUCCCUCUCUUCUGCCUUCCCAUGGGGGCCACGAUCGAGUGCUGGCCAGCUAACACCAAAUACUCCCUACCUGUUUUUUCCACCUUUGUCCUCACCGGAGCCUCUGGAGAGAAGGUCUACGGCGCUGCCAUUCAGUUCUAUGAGCCCUUCCCGCAGGAGUGUCUGACUGAUCAGCAGUUCUCCCAGCUAGGUCUCCUGAACCCCGAUCCACCCAAACCCUCCUCCAACUGUAAGGGGACAGCCGCCAGCAGUGCCACUAACAGCACCACCACAACCCCACGCUUGGUCUUCACCAACAAGUGUAUCUGUCUGCUUUCUCACUGGCCCUUCUUUGACGCAUUCCGCAAGUUCCUCACAUUCCUCUAUCGCUACUCUAUCUCCGGCCCUCACGCUCUGCCCAUCGAGAAGCACAUCUCUCAUUUUAUGCACAAAGUUCCCUUCCCUUCCUCUCAGAGGCCUCGCAUCCUGGUGCAGCUUUCCCCUCAUGAUAGCCUGAUGUUGAGCCAGCCAGUGUCUUCUCCUUUACCGCUCAGUGGCGGACGGUUUUCCAUGCUGCUCCAGAAUCUCGGACCAGAGAACGCCGUCACCUUACUGGUGUUUGCCGUCACCGAACACAAGAUCCUGGUCCACUCGCUACGACCCGCCGUACUGACCAGCGUUACUGAAGCUCUGGUGUCUAUGAUCUUCCCGUUCCACUGGCCGUGCCCGUAUAUUCCUCUGUGCCCCCUGGCGUUGGCUGACGUGUUGAGUGCCCCCUGUCCAUUCAUUGUAGGAGUGGACUCCCGCUACUUUGAUCUUUAUGACCCCCCUCCAGACGUGAGCUGCGUGGACCUGGACACAAACACCAUCUUCCACAAUGAAGAUAAGCGAGCCCUCACAUGGAAGAUCCUGCCAAAGAAAGCCUGUAAAAACCUGAUGAAUGUGCUGAGCAAUCUUUACCAGCAGCUGGUUGAUGGUCAGCAGCGGCCGGAUGGGCUGAUGGAGCUGAGCAUGAGUGAAUCGUCAGAGCUGAGCUGUGGGAAGAGCCUCCACGCCCUGGAGCUGGAGAUCCAGGAAGCCUUCCUGCGCUUCAUGGCAGCUAUUUUGAAAGGCUACCGCUCGUUCUUACGACCCAUCACCCAGGCCCCCUCUGAGAAAGCCACAGACGCCAGUUCGCUCUUUGACUUGCAAGGGUUCUUGAAGAGCCGCGACCGCUCACAUCAGAAGUUCUACUCGCUGAUGACCAAAACCCAGAUGUUCAUCCGCUUUAUAGAGGAAUGCUCCUUCGUCAGCGACAAAGAUGCCAGUCUGGCGUUCUUCGACGAUUGUGUGGACAAACUCUACAGUUCAGAGCGGAGUGCAGACAAAGGAGGCAAGGUGGACAGUGACAGGCCGGAGGAGGCCAGGCUGAUAGAGAUUGAUGAAUCUCAGCGCAGUGAGCACACGGUCUUCAUCACGCCUCCAGAGCUGCCUCCUCUGCCUGAGGGGGAGGAAUAUCCACUCUGCUACAGGUACGAUGGUUUCCCAGUGUUAAGUCUUGACCUGUUUGACCCUGUGGACGGCCUGCGGACCCCCUCCUCCCGCCUCGCUGCCAGGCACAGCUGUCCCACCAGCCCUGCCCCCAUGUUCAGACGCACCAAGCAGGAGAUCAAAACAGCCCAGAAGAUAGCUAAGAAAUACUCGUCCAUCCCCCAGAUGUGGUCCAAGUGCCUGCUCCGUCACUGCUACGGCCUGUGGUUCAUCUGUCUGCCAGCAUACGUGAAGGUGUGUCACUCCAAGGUGCGGGCGCUUCGCACCGCCUACGACGUCCUCAGGAAGAUGCAGGCAAAGAAACUGCAGCCCCCCGACGAGGUCUGCUACCGGGUGCUGAUGCAGCUGUGUGGACAGUAUGGCCAACCCGUCCUGGCUGUCAGGGUCCUCUUUGAGAUGAAGAAGGCCGGAGUCCACCCCAAUGCCAUCACCUACGGCUACUACAACAAGGCGGUGUUGGAGAGCACGUGGCCCUCCAGCACCAGAGGCGGUUACUUCCUGUGGAUGAAGCUGAGAAAUGUCGUCCUGGGCGUGGCACAGUUCAAACAGGUGCUACGGCGACACGCUCCCCUCACACAGAGCCCUCUGUCAGAUGGCAGUGACCUGGACGCUCUGAGUCACGGCAGCCUGGAUAGCUCUGCCGACACUAACCUGGCCGAGCAGGGCCCCUUCGCCAAAGUAGACCCCACUGACGAUAGAUCUAGCACAGUCGGCCGUGAGGGCGGCGGCGUGGGCGCCAGGGCCCCGGUGGCCCACUCACACUGGGGGGGCUCUGAGCUCAGAGAAGCCACCCUCCACCCAGGGGAUCAAUCAGAUUUGGGUUAUAACUCGCUGUCCAAAGAGGAGGUUCGGCGAGGAGACCCCAAUGCUCAGGACGCCGUCCCUGACAAAGAUGACAAGAAGGAGAGCGACUGCAGCUCCUUGUCAGAGACAGAGAGUGCCAAGGGGAGUAAAGACUGCCUCCCUCAGCUGGACAUGGAGCUCCAUUCCUCCUUCCAACCCCGCGGUAUUGUUCGCAGCAGCUAUCCAUAUAACGAUUCAUCCUGUAAACCCAAGAGCUCCACCAGCGAAGGGCACGUUGCAGGUCUCCUCUUCACUUCUUCCCUGGAGGAGAUCGGUGAGGUCCAUGCCAACAGUUUGCUCAGGAGACAUAAGAGUGCUCUGGAGGAGGUGGUGGGCAGCGCCAGCAGCGGCUCAGCUCUGGACUGGCAGGGCGUGAGGGCCUGCCGGCUGAGCGGCGACACGGUGGGCAGCGGCAGCAGUGGCACCACUGUCCUUGGCCUGGGUAUGAGCCGGGGCGAAACCGACCCAGAUAAGAUUGCGGGACACCUGGGCGCGGAUGUCAAAAUUCUCUCUUGUGCCAACUUCACUAAGAGUAGGAGGCCUCGUUCGCUGGCUCUGGGUGGGUUAGAGGGGGCAGGUGCUGCCAGAUGUUGUGACCACAGGGAGGAGGAAGAGGAGAUGGAGGGGCAGGACUCCAGUGAUGAGGACAGAAGUAAUACAGAAGCCAUUUUUGAUUUGGAGGACAUAGAUUUAGACAAGCCUGCCACAGGUGCUGGCUUCAGUUCCCACAAAUCCAACAAAUAUAAUAAGAAACCUGUCGAGCGCAGCGUCAGCUACAGUGGAAUGAGCAUGGUGAAGCGCACAGACAUACAGACGGGCUACGACCCUCUAUCCCUGCUGGCUGCAGAGUCACAGUCCGAGCAGCCGACUGAGGACCCAGACGGGGACGAGGACAGCACACCGAGCGCCCGUAGAGACCUGGCUAGAGAGAUCGAGCUCUACAUGAACCACAUGGGCAGCCCGCUGAGCAGCCGUGCACCCAGUCUAGACCUGCAGGACCCGGCCAGCCCCCUCCUCUUCCUCCACCCCUCCUCACUCUCAGCCCCCCGCAGAGCCAGCUUGCCCUACAACUCCCCCUUCAGGACCACCGGAGUACCCCGCUCCCGCACGUUCCACCCGCCCUCUCCCUCCCAGCCCAUCGCACGCCAGCGUCUAUUGUCAUCACCUUCCUGUCGCAGCUCAAGCACCACCCCCAGCGCCAGCCCUCGACCCAGCCCUUACAGGGAGAGGACAGACAGGAUGAGCCUGGCGUCACCUUCGCCUUCCUCAUCCUCUUUCGCUCUGGACACUCUCCUCACACCAACGCUUGAUGUAUUCAAGACCAGCAUGUUCUCGGCUGGGAAGGGCGUGGCAGAGAAGGCAAGCCGCUGGUACUCCCGUCUCGCCACAUACACCACGCCUACUAAGGACGGUCACAGUGACCGUGUGAGUGUGUCCUCCCUCGGUGUUGGAGAUCCGGACCGCUCCUCCCUGCUGGAUGAGGAGGACUGUGGGCAGUCAGAGGGCUCCGUGAUCUCUCCACAGAGGAAUGGCCCUGCAGGACCCCGCAGGAGCCCCAGACGCAGCCCCUCUGCAGGCUCCAGCCUUGGGAAGCCCACAUCUCUGCCCCCUGGAUGUGUCCUCUCGCCUCCCGGCUUCCCUCUGCCGGACAAGUCGGACCUCGGCUCUUCACGCUACACCAGCAACACCAGCAUCUUCAACAACUACGCCAUGGAGCUGCUGAUCUCCAGCUGUUCUCGCUGUAAGACGUGCGACUGCCUCGUGUACGAUGAGGAGAUCAUGGCUGGCUGGACAGCGGACGACUCCAACCUGAACACCACCUGCCCCUUCUGUGGAAACCCCUUCCUGCCCUUCCUCAAUGUGGAGAUCAGGGACAUGCGAGGACCCGGCAGGCUUUUCCUGAAAGGCAGCCCGUCGGUGGACGAGGCGAUGACCUCAUCAUACUCUGCCUCCACAGGUUUGGACACGGGGACGUCCACCCUGUCCACCCCCUGUCCUACAACAGCUGUCUUCCCUCCCUCCCCUGGGAUUGCUGUCCAGGAGUGCUCGGGGAGUGAAUGGGCUCGAUCAACCAGAGCUCAAGGCAUCAACAUCCCCUCGGAGCGCAGGAAGGGGGCGCUGUCCCCCGGAGCGCCCAUGGCCCGCAGCGUCAGCGCCUUUGGUCCUCUGGACGAAGCAUCCCAACUCAACCGCUGUGUGCCGACAUCAGGCAGCCUGCCCAGCCGUCUCAAUGAGACCACGGAGCCGCUGAGCAUGGAUUGGCGGCUCCACAACCCUGAGCCGGUGACGGUUCCCUACCUGAGCCCGCUGGUGCUGUGGAAGGAGCUGGAGAGUCUGCUGGAGAACGAGGGCGACCCGGUGAUCACAGAGGCCGACAUGGUGGACCAUCAUCCCAUCAUCUACUGGAACCUGGUCUGGUACUUCAGACGGCUGGACCUGCCCAGCAACCUGCCCGGUCUCAUGCUCACAUCUGACCACUGCAACAGAGAUUCCCAGGUCCCUCGUCCCUGGAUGUCGGAGGACAGUAAACACGUGUUGAUCCAGAUCCUGUGGGACAACCUCAAGCUGCACCAGGACUCAAUCCAGCCUCUCUACAUCCUGUGGAACACAUACAACGUGGGUUACCCUCUGUCCCGGCCGGUCCCGGAGGAGGAGAAGCCGUUCAGCGAUGAGUUGCUGCAGAGCGUGGUGAAGAGCAUCCAGAGGAACGACGUCGGCCGGCCGAUGGCUCAGCUGCUGCAGCUGCUGGCUCAGGCGCUCGGAGUCAAAAGGCAGAGGAGUUUGUACAGAGACGUCCUCUUCCUCUCUCUGGUGGCUCUGGGAAAAGAUAACAUUGAUAUUGACGCCUUCGAUCGUGAGUACAAGUUGGCGUACGACCGCCUGGUGCCGAGUCUGGUGAAGCUGACUCAUAACUGUGACCGUCCGCCCAGCACCGGGGUCAUGGAGUGCCGCAGGACGUUUGGGGAGCCUUACCUGUGAAACUCUCGCCUUCACACAAACCAGGGUCAACCCCCCCCCCCACGUCAUCGCUUUAAGACGAGCUCAGGAAACCUGUUGGAAGACUGUGAAUGUUUUUGAGAAAACUCCGCAAGUGAUCAUGAACAGGUACAGUGGGCAGCGUUCAGCGUUAUGUAGCCUGAAACCAAUCAAAACCAGAGCCCUACAGACUCCAUCUCAACUAACGGACGACGGAAACGCCACUCAAACCGUUCAUAAGCACAACGUUUCCUUGGAAAUCCUGUGGAAGUUAUGCUGUACACACACAGCAGUAGAGGAUCUUUUUUUUUUUAAAUGCAACAUUUAUAUUGUAUAGUCAAACGGCAAAUGAAGACUAAUAUUAGCAAUAUUUUAACCUGAAAACUCUAUUUAUAAAAGUGAGCUUUAUUUAUUGUAGUGUCUUCUUCAUGUCGGCGUUAAUUGUUUUAAUCGUUGUCGCUGGGCGUUUGUCGUGUCGCGGUUUCAACCGGAGCGCCCGAAACACAAUGUUGUAGUACGGAUUUAUUGUCCGUUGUAAAUGAUGACUAGGUUGUGUGUGCUUUAUGAGUCGGCAUCAAACGAAAAAAGGUUAACAUCAGAGCUGUAAUGAUCAGUAGGCUAUACCAAAAAUGAAAAAAAAUGAACUCAAGGUUGGACUGAAAGUGAUUACAUGCUUUAUGAAUUGACAAACUAAUCAUCAGAUUGGCCAAAUGUCAUUAGUUGCAGCCCUAAUUUAAAUGUUGAAAACCACUUUUUAAAGCUGCCUUUAAUCGUGAAUGUUAGUGCAGAAUCUAAAGAUAAAUGUCCGCUGUACUGCCAAAACCAUUAACUAGGACGCUCUACAUUUAAUUCAUUUUAACUUCCCAGUUUGGUUCCCAAACUGAAUAUUUUUAGUUUGUUUACAAAACUUGUUUUGGAACUUUAAAAAAAGAAGUGAUCGUUCGUAGGAUGGCGCAAUAUUUACGUCAAAGGAAGUAGCUGCGUUACUGUCGAUCGUCUUCGUACUAAACGUGCCGACUCACUACAGUAUGAACGGUUUGUCAUAAACACACAAAACCAAGUAAGAUGCCGGCCCAGUCACAUUUCGGCACGUUGCCACUGCCCAAAAACACUUCAGUGUGAUUUAGCGUUUUGGCGGCCAUAUUGGAUGUUUCCAGUUUUUUUUUUUUACAAAAGCCUGUUGCAUCUCUUAAAACAAAAACUCUGGUAUAUUGCAACUUUGGAGUUAUAAUUUUGUAAUUCUUCAUUUCUGUCAGUCUGACAGGAUCUCCAGAGGAUCUAAACCACUUUAUUUGGAGGUAAAACAAAGUGAGCACACACCCAAUUUGUUGGUAAUAUCCCAGAAAAAAAGCAGCUUUACCCAGGCUUUCUCUAAUUAUUUAGAUAUCUAUUUCCAUAACCAGCCUUUUUAAAUGUUUAUGCAUGUACUACAUGUUCGCCCCGUGACAGUAUCUUGUUUGUGUGUUUCACAUCAAUUGAUGAGUGUCGCACCUAAAGGUGGCUUCUGUGAUUUCUCCAUGGUGCGUUAUUAAGAUUUUAUGUUUGUCAUCUUUUUGUGUGGGGUAUUGUUUUAAAAUACCCAACACGGCAACAUCUUGUUUCAUGCACCAGCUUUAUCUCCUCCAUACCAAAAAGGGAUUCUCAUUUCAGCGCCCAAAGGAAAUAACGACGAUGCGGUAACAGAAAGUUGGGGAGCGAUUAUUUUCUAGUUAGCAUUCGCCAUUUCACCACAUUAAUGAAUGAACUGAAUUUUGUAGAUCCCGCAGACUCUAGAGCCAUUUCAGAAGAAUUUCCAAGGUAAAUAUUUUCAAAACAUGAUGAUACCAUGCAGAUAAUUCCCUGUUCUCAUGCACCACAAAUGCAGAAGUGGCAACAUUUAAACAUCAUCAGUGUUCAGACUUUUUUCCCCUCCAGACUGUUUCUCUGGAAAACAAUGCAUGACUGCAAACUAGAGGAGAGUUCAUUUUCUGUGUUAAAAUGCCCUCCGACGAAAUCUAUACUAAGUAAAGUUUAUACCGUUUUAAUUAACAUGCACUAGUGUUUCUAAAAGUACAGGAAGUAAAUCAGGACUUUAAUGAAGAAAAUGCAAAACAAAGGUACGCAGAUCUGUAAAUGUGUAACUUCAUACUGGGAAUGUUUGUAUUUUUCUUCUGAAUGCAUACAAAAUAAUCUCAACUUCUGCAUUUUUAAAGUUCAGAUCUUAUUUCCAUUAAAAUGAUGGAAGGGAAAUAGACAUUUGUCGCGGGUUGUUAGCGCGUUGAAGAGAUGCUGUCGGGGGAAAUAGUACCAAAUAAAUUCUGGAUAGAACUGGAUUCAAGUUGAGAAGAAGAACUUGUCUGUCAGCGCACAUUUCUUAUCGUUUUCAUGUGAAUGUUAGUCAAAAGCGAAGACUGACGCAAUGGUUAAAGGAGGACCUUCGAGUCUAAACUCAAGAAGGUCUCAUGAAUGUCAACCAUGUGUUUAAAACUGGAAAAGUCAGCACGUUUCACUUUUCCCCUAAAAAGUGAACCAGGAGAGAAAAGCUGCCAUUCAUCUGUGGAUUUUUGUUGUUAAAAAGUUAUACAAUCUGAAUGAUUUUGCAGAAUCUGGGGCCAUGUACAUUUUACCUCGCCCCUUUGCAGAAGUCACAUUUUAUAACAUGUGCAAAGGUCCUUUUUAGAUGUGGUGAAGGUUCUGUACAGCGACCAGAUCUACAGGACUGUUUAACUGUAAAUAAAAUCACUCACACGCAU